CCGAGAGCAUAUCACAUACCAAGAUUGAAUGAUUGAUGCUUGGAAUUGCAGACGAACCAAACCCUUCUCUUUUACUACUUGUCGCGCUGCUGUAACUUGGUUCCUUAUCCUCCCCAGUUUGCGUUUUAUCUGACGAGAUUUGGUUCCUCUGAAAUAUCUUGUUGGAGGUAAGGAUUGAUCGUAUAUAAUGCUUAAUUUGUUUCUGUCGGAACCCAGUUGGAAAGAUGAUGACUCGGCCGAAAUGAGAGUCUCUCUCUUGAACAAAUUGGAAUCAGUUAUUUGGUCGUUAAUGACUUCUGGAGGUCGAUCAGAGGCUCGACUAUGGCUUUGCAACACCAUAGCUGGCAUAAGUUCCAUCACUCCUCAUCAUCAGCGUGAGUUGUUUAUUGACCUAUUGAGAUCUAAACGGAUGAAGAAGCGCUUAGCAACUCAGCUCCUGCACAUGAUAUUUGAUAAUAGGACACAAAAGGCAGGGUCUAUCAUAGCCAAGAGAAGUUAUGCGCUCAGGAAAUUUUUCCAAGGAAGCCCAACACGAAUAUCUCAGUGGUUUUCUAAAUCUGGUUCUGGAUUGGGGCAGGGACAAGGAGCUAAUGCGUUAUCCCAAUUUGCUUUUGUCAAUCGCGAUAAUUGUUGGGAGGAGCUUGAGUGGAAAGGAAAACAUGGGCAGUCACCGGCAGUAGUUGCUACAAAACCCCAUUACUUUCUUGAUUUGGAUGUCCAGCUAACUGUAGAGAAUUUCCUUGAAUAUGUGCCUGAAUUUUGGUCUUCAAAUGAGUUUGCUGAGUCACUUAAAGGUGGUGAAAUUUUGUUCAUUGAUAGAAACUUUUUUCUUCUAUAUUUUCUGGAUAUGAUGUACAAAGAAGAUGCCAGAGAUGUAUGGGAAGUUGUGAAUGAGUUCCUGGAGGAGGAGCGAUUUUCUUCUUUGUGCAAACACCUUCUUAUUACUCUUGAGGAGUCGGACUUAUGUGAGUGUCUUAAAAUGCUUCAUAAACAUGUCAGGCCUAGCGUGGAAUGCAAAGAUCCUACGGACUCCUCUUAUUUGUUUGAAGUUGUAGUAUCUAAGUGCAGUGAUUUCGGGUGCUUUGAUCAGAUAUUACUAUUAAAUGCAGUUUUUAACUAUGGACGCCAGCUUCUUCGAAUCUUACGAGAUGAAGGAGCGCCCGAGGAUCAAGCAAAACUACAAGAUAUUGUGUCUGAGAUUUGUGCAAUCCCAGGCAAUGAAAAUAGCAUGGGCCCAAUUAUUAAACGGGGAUCUAAACUGAAGAUUAUAGAAGCAUUUAAAUUAAUGGGGCUUCAGUCAUGGGUUCUCUUUUGUAGUUUAUCAGAAUACUGCCAAACUCUUCAGUCUUGGGAAUCAUUAUUUGUUGAUAAUGCAAUAAGUUUCCGAAAGUACGAUAAAUAUUCAAUUCUUCAUGAUAAUGAAGUUGCCUUAGAAGGUGGUUCAGAUUUGGAUUGUAGAGCAUCCAGAAAAGUUAAGCAAAAGAAAAAGAGUAGUAGAAGGAAAAGAAGAAGGGACUUUGAUCAUGAAGACAAUGAGUUGCUGGAUUUUGAUACUACAAAUAACAGGCUGGACUCACAUUCUAGUGUGGGAAGUUGGUUGCUCUCAGUUGAUGGGUAUUCCGCAUCAUGGAACAGCGCGGAUUUACCCGAGUAUCUUUCCAAGUAUUGCUUGUUGAGAUGGAUAAAGUGGACUACAGAGCAAGGGGAUGAAUGACCUUCAUUGGUUGGUUCCAUCUUCCUCUCCAAUGCUCCGGAAACUGUAAAUAUAACCAGUUUAGAUUGCCCAAAUUAUCGUGUUUGCAACUGGAAGGUCUGAAAAAUACCUCAUUUGGAUCACAUCUGUGGCCCCUACUAGGCUUUAACUGUUCAUUCCUACAUAUGCGGCAAAGACAAAGACGUUCAUGGUAUGAGUGCUCAAUUUCAAAUUUUCGUUUGGCUUUGCCUUUGAUCCUUUGACAAAAUCGUUCUUGAUCAAGAUUUCACCACUUGUUAGCUUUAGACACCGGAUCAAUAUCUGAACAUCUCUAUUGUACUUUGUUAUAGGAUUUUAGACCUCUGUCAUUAAUAGAAAUCUAUCAAAUAUACUGAGUUGAG